GCAACGUUAGCCGGAUAGCCAGGCGGCCUAACGGUAACGUUAGCUUUGUUAAGUUGGUGAUCAGCUAGUAGUAACGUCGUGUGGUUAUUAUUAGCUGAAAGCCAGCUAGCUUCGGGUUUGCGUAACAGUUGUCUUAGUCCACGGUGGCUAAGUUUUAGUGCAAGUGUACAAUGGAAGACUCAGGCAGGCUACACAGCAGACAAAGAGGCUGGGACAGGGCGAUGGCAGCGGAGGAAUCCGAAAGCUGGAGGGGCCCGGACCAUGGUCGAGCAUACAGCUUCAGAUCUGAGGGGGGUCACCAGAGCAAGAACUACCAGGGUGGACCCUACCGUGCCAGCCCCAAGAAGGGUGGCCUGGGGCCCCUGAGUUGCUCGCCUGGGGGGUUCAGAGGUGGACACAGCCCCUCACAGAAGGACAGCUUCCGGAGGUUCCCAGGCCCCGAGAACAAUGGUGGGGGUCGGGAAGAAAACUGGAGAGAGCGUCCACAGCAGCACUGGAGAAGGAGCAGCCAGGGAGACGAUCUGAGAGAGGACAGGGAACAGGGCAAGAGGGUGUCUGCUGAUGGGACUGCUCACAACUCUGGGGGAUCCCGGAGAAACCGGGACAGGCGGAGGGCUUUGGGAGAAGAAGACAGGGGUCCAGUGAUUGAUGAGUCAACGCUGUCAGCUAAAGAGCUGCUAGGCCUAAGGCAGGCAGAAGAGCGGCUUAAAAGAGACGACAUUUUUCGCCUGAACAAGAGGUCCCGCAGCAACCCCAACGCAUGUUACAGCUGCUGUCUGUGUGAUGUUCUGCUAGAGUCUGUGUCUGCUGCCCACAGACACAUCAAAGAUAAAUGGCACAAGAAGAGGGCCAAGGAGAGGCAAGAGCAGGUGAUGCUGACUGAGAUCCUGCCUCCUGGGCCCGAGCAGAUCAGUGCAGUGAGUGCUGCGCUGGAGGCUGUUGUCAGAGAACGAGGGAUGAGUGACGAGGAUGUAGAGACGAGACAGAGCAUUGUCUCCACCAUGCAAGAUCUCCUUCAGUCCGUCCUGCCUGAGAUCACUCUCAGGCUGUAUGGGUCAUCUUGCACUAAAUUUGGAUUUAAAGAUUCAGACAUCAACAUUGACAUUCAGUAUCCCUCUCACAUGCAUCAGCCAGAUGUCUUGUUGCUGGUCCAGGAGAGCCUCUCUGUGAGCCCUCUCUUUGUUGACCUGGAAGCUGAUUUUCAUGCCAGGGUGCCCGUGGUCAUUUGCAAAGACAAAAAGAGUGGCCUGAUCUGCAAAGUGAGUGCAGGGAAUGACAACGCGUGCCACACCACCUCCUAUCUUGCUGCCCUUGCCAGUCGGGAGCCUCUCCUCCACCAGCUGGUCCUUUGCCUCAGACAGUGGGCAUGGAUCUGUCAGGUGGAUCGAGCAGAGGAAGGCGGGCUGCCACCGUACGUCUUCGCCCUCAUGGUCAUCUACUUCUUGCAGCAGCGUAAACAGCCCCUCUUGCCCACCUACCUGAACCAUGAGAUUAAGCUGUUUUCACUCAGUAAGCUGACUGACUUCAGUCUCAUGCACCUAGAGGACGGAUAUAUUCACUGGGCUUACACCUCUGCCUCCAAAGACUCGUCACAGCCAGCAGAGGGCUCCUAUAUGAAAGGAAAGGCUUCGCUGGUGUUUCAGAGUGCUCGCUCCUCGGUGGAAGUGGGGCUCCUGUGGGUUGAAAUGCUUCGCUUCUACUCACUCGAGUUCAACAUGGCAGACAAUGUAAUCAGCGUGCGUACCAGUGCUGUCCUCUCCAGGGAGAUUAAAGACUGGCCAAAGAAGCGCAUUGCUGUAGAGGAUCCAUUUGCUGUGAAGAGGAAUGUGGCCCGCACAGUGAAUAGUCAGCAAAUGUACGAGUACAUCCUUCACUGCCUCAAAACCACAUACAAGUACUUUGCACUGCCACUCAACAGCCCAGCUGCUAAUCACAAGAUGGAAACGCGGCAAGGGCCCAGUCAGCGGGCGGACAGUAAGGCUUUGAGUGAGGAGGCUAUCUACCUAUCAGGUGUUAGCGCACUCAGCCUUCAACCACAAGCAGCCGAUGGACCUAAAACUGCAGAAGAUGGUCCACAAGAUUCUGAUUGCAUUAUUGAAGAAGAGCUUGAAGUUGAGGAACAAGAUAACCUGGAUGAAGAGGGAGAAAAAGAAAAAGUGGACUUGGGUAAAAGCAGUGUCUCUGAAGACGAGGAGGAUGAGCUGGAGGAGAAUGAUGAUGAUCAUGACGAGGACGUGUACAACAAAUGCCUCAUGGAUAGCCUCACUGAGGAGGAUGAGGAAAUUUUUCCAGUGGAUGAGAUCUCAGGAGAGGAACUUCUCUCUGACGAGGAGGGUCCAGAUUUGGACACGCCUGGUUCGAUGGAGGAGGAGGAAGAGGUGGAGGAAGUGGACGAGGAGGAGCAGCAGCAGCAGGAGGAGGAGGUCGCCCCCUCCAGUCUCUCACAGCCACCUGUAGCGGACACAACCAAAGAUGAGAUGCCAGAAAAUAAGAACCAAAAACAGAUUCACGUCUGCUAUGAGUUCACCAGACAAGCAUUCACCAGAGGAAAGUCACACAUGGUUGUGUGCAGCUUGUGCAAACGUGAUGGCCAUCUGAAGAAAGACUGCCCGGAGGAUUUCAAGAAAGUGAAGCUGGACCCCUUGCCCCCCAUGACAACAAAGUUUGUCAGUAUCCUAAACCAAGUCUGUGAGCAGUGCUACAAGGACUUUGCCCCUGAUAAACUGGAGGUGGGUGUAAGAGAGCACAUCCUUCAGGACCUGGAGGAUUUUGUCAGACGGCAGUUUGCAGGGGCUCGGCUGCAGCUAUUUGGAUCAUCCAAAAAUGGCUUUGGCUUCAGACAGAGUGACCUAGACAUCUGCAUGGUGCUGGAGGGGCAGGAUAAUGCAGACGAUCUUGAUUGCAUCGGUAUCAUUGAGAGCCUGGCAAGACUGUUGAAGAAACACCCAGGUCUGAGGAACAUCCUGCCCAUCACAACAGCCAAAGUCCCCAUCGUGAAGUUCUACCACAUUCGCACUGGUCUGGAGGGAGACAUCAGCCUCUACAACACACUGGCCCUGCACAACACCAACCUGCUAGCAUCGUAUGCUGCCAUUGACAGAAGAGUGAAGAUCCUCUGCUAUGUCAUGAAGGUUUUUGCCAAGAUGUGUGACAUUGGGGAUGCGUCCCGUGGCAGCCUCUCCUCCUAUGCUUACACCCUCAUGGUCCUGUUCUUCCUCCAGCAGCGAAACCCACCUGUUAUCCCUGUGCUGCAGGAGAUUUACGAUGGAGAGAAGAAGCCACAGGUUCUGGUGGAUGGCUGGAAUGUCUAUUUCUGGGAUGAUUUGAAAACACUGCCCAGUCGCUGGCCUCAGUAUGAGAAGAACACUGAGACGGUGGGGGAACUGUGGCUCGGCUUGCUCCGCUUCUACACUGAAGACUUUGAUUUUAGGGAGCAUGUCGUCUGCAUCCGUCAGCAGGCGCGCCUCACCACCUUCAACAAGCAGUGGACAUCCAAGUACAUUGUCAUUGAAGAUCCGUUUGAUUUGAAUCAUAAUCUUGGUGCCGGCCUGUCAAGGAGAAUGACUAACUUCAUCAUGAAGGCUUUCAUCAAUGGCAGGAGGGUGUUUGGCACACCAGUCAAAGUCUUUCCUCCUCAGUACCUCAGUCAGAUGGAGUAUUUCUUCGACCCUGAAGUUCUCACAGAGGGAGAGGUGGCCCCCAAUGACCGCUGCUGUCGCAUCUGCGGCAAGAUCGGCCAUUUUAUGAAGGACUGCCCUAUGCGUAAGAAGUCAAAACAGAGGCGGGACAGCGACAGAAGAGAGAACCUGCAAGAAAAAUUAGGCACCGCAGAGGGGACCAGGGAGGCAGUGCCAAAGCGUGAGCAGUGGAAAAAAUUGUCAGAGAAGCGCUGCUGCUUCCUGUGUGGAUCAAGUGCCCACAUCAAGAGGGAUUGCCAGCAGUACAGAAGUCCUGCAGGAAAUACUAAAAUGGAGAUAUCUCCGCCUUCAUCAGGCCAUUUUAGGAAUUUGAGAGAAAAGGAGAAACAGGGUGUUCCCCUGCAAGAGGAGAAAAAGAAAAGAAAGCAACAAAGUGUGAUUUUGAGUCCACAAGCAGGUAGUUUAGCCAGCCGACACAUGGGCUGCUCUGGUAACAGGAAGAGCCCGGUGGAAUGAGGAGCACCUGUCUGGGGACGGUGGCCUCGUGGUUCCUCUCUCCUGUCCAGGAAAACAGCAACGUCCAAAAGUCCGUAGACCCUGGAAGCUGGAACUGUGACUGGGACUGUACAGCCAGCUGGAACCCACAAAAGCCAAAGCCAGGACAUUUGACUUGAAGCCAAAUAGGGCCUUUUUAUGUUUUUCUUUUUUCUUGUUUUUCGUUUACUGUCACUCCUCCUCAGAGGAGCUUUUUAAACCUUUCAUUUUAACAAGACAAGCCAUGACGCAUGAUCUUCAUGUCUUUGUUUACCUACCCGUCUUAAUGGCCAGGGUUUGUUUUUACUCAGUUUCUUUUUAAUCAUGUUUGAUUUUUGUCCUCUGCACUGACGUCCAUCAGUCCUCUGCCUCUGCUCCAGCCUUGAAAGCAGCUCCACCCUCGUCGCCGUUUCUGUGUGUCUGUGUUUUUAGGGGUCUCACCCUGAGGAUAAUGAAUUAUCAGGGUUGUAUUUUUAUUUUCUGAGGUUGUGGUACCACUCCCAUUUAAUAGAUAUUGCGCUGCAACUGCCUGUGAGUGUCCCUGUCCAAUUAAAGAAGGUAAAAGUCUGUUUAACUCGGCUAACUUCUGGUGUGUAUAUCCCUGUGUGCGCACCAGGAAGUGUCAUGAGUGACAAAGUACAUGAACAUAGUUGACAAACGGGCUGUAGCUCUGUCCUCACCCAGUGAUACAGCUAUAAAAGCAAAUACACCUGUCAGUCGAUUCAGUUAAACUGAUGCAAUUUAGUUUGCAAAUAAGCCUGCAUACUCUGUUCACUCACAGCUAAGAUAGAAAUCAUUUAAGUUCAUUCACUGGAGUGAUACAUGUAUUUAUUUGCCAAAUACAUAUUGUGGACACAGUGCCUCAGAAAGGGGCUCCGUGCUGUCAAUUUUUUUUUCUUGCUGCUAGGUAUCUGUCUGAAAGACCUGCUUAUUAAUUAAACUUCAAAAAUGGAUUGUCUUA